AUGGCGGAAAAAGUGUCAAUGAUGUCGUCACUGGUUUGGCUGUUGUUCCACUACCUCACGACUACGUUGGGAGCUGAUACAUUAUACAACGUUGCUCUUUACAAGCCAGCCUUUCUGUCCACAAUGUACAAGGAUUGGACUCCAGAAAAAGGAAACGAUGGUGAUACGACAGUUAAUGAACUCGGUGGACAAUGUACACAAACCAGUCCUCUAAACAACAGUUGGUGGAUGGUGGACCUCUUGGAUACUUACAUCAUCAAGGCAGUUGUUCUGACAAACAGGAACGAUUAUCUACAAUGGGCAGUUAGGUUAAAUCAUUUCCUGAUUGAUGUGUUUACCAACGAUCCUCGUAAGACAUCAACAUUUCCCAAUGUUCUUGGAAGCAUCUGUUACCAACAGACAGAAGCCGUAACAAUUGGUACCUUCACGUGGAACUGUAGCAAGCCAGUAGCUGGUCGUUAUUUGAGAUUAAUCAAGUAUACUGAAGACUCUCUCAACUUUUGUGAGCUACAAGUGUGGGCUACAACACCAACGGAAGCCAGCCCUUUUAAAGUUUACAAAAACAAGAAGCUUGACGUCACGUCUUUGUUUGAUCUAACUGUGUCCCGGUCCAUGGUGUGUGCUUCUAAAUGUCUAGAGAAACGUUACACAGACGGUUGUGCUGCUUUCAACUGGUUCCCUGCUACACGUCUGUGUCAACUGUUGAAUGUUGACCCGAGAGAUGUCACUGUUGUAACAAAACUUGUCUCAAUGUCUGAUGUACAGUUCUAUAUUAUAAAGUUUUAG